AUGCUCAUCACUGGAAACAACAACACUCUUCUCCGACGUUUUCUCACCGCCAUUGCUUCACGAUUCUCGUUGAAAGACUUGAGGGAUAUGAGUUUUUUUCUCGGUGUCGAGGCAACAAGGAACUCCCGUGGGUUUCAUCUGAUGCAGAAGAAGUAUGUGAUUGAUCUUCUCAAGCGCACAAACAUGCUUGAUGCUCAUCCUGUCUCGUCUCCAAUGACUCCUACACCGAAGCUGUCUCUUAAGUCAGGCACUCCUCUGAUCAAUCCAAGUGAGUAUAGAAUGGUUCUUUGCAGUCUCCAAUACCUUGCCUUCACGCGACCAGACAUUGCGUAUGUUGUUAACCGAUUGUCCCAGUUCAUGCAUAAGCCGACAGACAUUCCCUGGCAGGCUGUCAAACGAAUCUUGCGUUAUCUUGCAGGCACCCCUGCUCAUGGUAUUCUCAUCCGCGCCAACUCUCCGACCACUCUACAUGCUUACUCAGAUGCAUAUUGGGCUGGUGAUAUUGAUGAUUAUCUCUCUACCACUGCUUAUGUUGUUUACUUUGGGGGCAAUCCGAUAUCUUGGUCUUCAAAGAAACAAAAAGAUAUACCUGUCAUCUACUGUGACAAUAUCGGUGCUACACACUUGGCUGCAAACCCGGUUUUCCACUCCAGAAUGAAACAUAUUGCGUUGGACUUUCACUUCAUUCGUGACAAUGUACAAUCUGGAGCUUUGCGUGUUACACACUUGUCUACCAGAGACCAGCUAGCCGAUGCCUUAACGAAGCCACUUACGAGCAUUCAAUUUACAGAGAUCAUGCACAAGAUUGGUGUUACUCAAGUACCUCCAUCUUGA